AUGGAAACCCUCCAAACUGAUUAUCAAAUCUUGAGUGACGUGUACGCAAAAGUCCGAAGUCUCCAGAAAUCGGAGAAGAAAGAUGGAAAAAUAAAAGAAACUUCAGCAGCUCAGAAAAUUCAUCAACUGAUAGACGACGGAAUUAAGACAAUUGAUAAUUUAAUUAGCACUUCCGUGCAUUCCGAGAACCUCCGCUUGCUAGCUAUGAAAAUAACGUUGCUCUACGAGAAAUCAAAGACCCUAGUCUGCGAAGAGAAAGAAAAUUUGGCAGAAGAAAUCCUGGCGGUCGCCCUCGUCACUAUCAACGAAUUCCUAUCAGCAAGUGAAAUUAUAUUCUCGGGACUGAGGAUAAUGAAUCAUUACGCGUAUCUGCUGAUGAAACGGGAUGACUACGACGAGGCUCGAAAAAUCCUGGAGCAGGGGGAUUCAAUAUAUCGAAAAACAAAGUCGAACAACUCCGCUAUUUUGUUCUUCAGCAAUGAGGAGCUGUUUUCGAGUGAAGCAAUCGUGACCCCUUCCGAGUCUUGCAACAAACUGGAGCGUUUGGUAACGAGUAAUCUGGCGAUGUUGAGUAUGGUCUAUGAGAAGCUCCAAUUGCAUGAGAGAUUUGCUCAGAGUCAGCAUGAGGUUCUGGAGAGACAAUUCGAAAUUUCUGGAGAUGAACUCCCAGUGUGGGCGAUGAAGGCGACUAAACUCGCGUGUUUCUUCAUGGCGAAGAAUCGGUUCAAGGAAGCGAGAAAUCAUCUAGCGGCUGCGACCCAAAUCCUCUGCGAAGUCGAAAAAAAAUCGAAUGCAGUGGAGUCAACGGACAACUCCUCCCCGCAAAAAUGCCCAGAAUUACACCAAAAAUUUGCGGAUGUCGCCAACUGUUGGGUGAAAUACGGUCUCGCCCUAUUCAAUUCUUCAAAAAUGAAUGCUAUGAGACACUUCUGCCAAGACUCCAACGAAAUGCUGGCGCGACUCUGGGAUCCACUGUUUGGGUAUUCACAGUCACCAGUCACCAAAGAUUCUGAAGGGAUUGAUGAGAAAAAUCGAAAUGCCUUCGGAGCAGGCGCAACGAAUGUGGGGAAGUCGCAAAGGACUCUGUCAAGUAUUUCAGAGGAUGAUGAAUCUCGCUCAUCAUCAGCAAUGAAAACUUCAUCAUCAUUAGAAAAUGAAAAAUUCGCUAGAUAUGAUGGUCCAUUAUUCCUCUUCCAAAAGCUCGGAUUGAGUGAAUACGAAGAGGCAGUCACCGCGGCAUUAAUAGAGAGCACAGAAGAAGCGAGGAUCCUCUUCCAUCACACCCACACGUGGCUGAAACAAGUCAAACUCUUCUAUACGCUUCAAGAUCACCCCAUGGAGUACGUUAACACCAUCAUGGAUCUCAACGAACUCUACAGAUAUCUUGCGUUCUACGAGGAGGAUAUCGAGAGUCAAUAUGCCGUGCACAAGCUCCGAGCCGACGCCUUGGAAACGCUGAGUGCAGUCCUCCGAGAGGUCAGACCGCAGUGCUACAUGGCAGUAUCCGUGGAGAUCCUGCGAGAGUUGGCCGAAGUUCAAAUGGAAAUGAUGGGAUUGAACCUGAGGAAAAUCUACGCUGCCCAAACAGCUCUACCUGACGCCAAUCAGACUGUUCGGAAGAUCGAAACUCUUCAUGAUUUGAAUAUAAAGCUGAAAAAAUUCGGAAAGACCCUUCCUGGCCUUCAGACACCUGAUGAAAUUGAAGACUCUCAUUCGUGACUUUCUGACUUUGUGAUUGAGAAUUAGAAUGCCAGAGGGAAAUUUUCGA